AUGAUGUAAGAAGUGAGUGAAAGAAAAAUAUCAACGAUAACAAAAAAUGAUAAUGUUCUUGAUUUAGUUAAGAUCAAAGUUAGAUUAGAUGAACAUUUUUAUAUUUUUUCUCGUUUCAUGAUAAGCAGAAUGUUAACAUUAUCAAGAAUAAAGAAAUUAGAUGCAAUAUAGAUUGCUAAAGAUAUAAAAAAAUAAUUAAUAGAUAGAAAUUCACUUGAAAUUAGCUCAAAUGAAUUAGAAGCUAUAAUAUUUUAGACGAUGAAUAAAUUCGGAUAUUAAAAUAACAUAUAAAAAUAUCAGAUGGUUUCAAAGUACUAAAUCAAAAAAUCGUAGUUUCUACCGUCACAGAACACCUAUGAUCAUUAUAAUUUUUGGUGCCCCAAGUAUAGGAAAAUCUCUUUUAGCUAAUAAUUUAGCAGAAAGAUUAAAUAUUUCAAAUGUUUUGUAAACUGACAUCGUAGAAAUGGUUAUGAGAAGUAUAAAUCCAGAAUAAUUUAAUUAUGAUGAAAAUGAAGACUUUAUAACAAAAUUUAAGAAAGUAAAAGAAUUAGAAUUAAUUAAGAGAAUUGCAGAUUAAUCAGAAGAGGAGUUUCAACUGAUAUUUCUAAAUGUUUAUCAGAAGGAAAAGCAGUCAUUAUAGAAGGAAGUGCUGCUAUGCCUGAAUAUUAUUUAGAAGCUAUUGAUAAAUAAGAAAUUGAAGAUGAUCAAACUUAAUUACAAUUAAUUACAAGUUUCAAUUAAAAUGAUAUUAAACUUAAAAAACCUUAAAGAAAAGACUUAUUGCUUUUUAAUCAAUAAAAAAAAUUAAACACUUAGUUUAAAAUCAUAUUUCCUUAACCUGAUGAAGAUUUUGAAGAUGAAGAAUAAAUUCAAAAACACUUUAAAUUAUGCAAAGAUUUGGAUAAAAUUGUAAAUAAAUAAUUUAAAAAUUAGGAUUAAUCACAUUCAAUGAUUUUAGGCUUUUUACCUAUACUAUCUAGAAAUGACCAUUUAUAUAACAUAGAAAAUAAUAUGAGUAAAAAGAUACCAAAGGACUUAAUAGAGGAAAAGCUUAAUUAAUUUUAAUCUAUAUAGAAUGAGUUAUUAAAAUAAAGAAGCAAAUGUAUUCUUUUACCUAUUAAUUUACAUAAUUUAGAAGAGACAUUAGUAUAAUAUAUAAAUUAUUUAAGGACACAAUGCAUGAUAUUAUUUUAUAAAAAAUCCUAGAUCAAUCCACUUGA